AUAAACUACAUAAUUACAUUAACUCUAAAAAUAAAGUAAUCCAUUGUCAGCACAUCUGGUAUUAUUAAUAAAUCUAAUUUCUUACCGGAUAAUAAUAAUAAAAUAAUUGAAUAACUGGUGAUAUAUAACAAUAAUAAAUUUUUUUUUAAACCAGGUAUAAAUGUAAUCUAGGGUCAAAAUCCAAGUCGACAGUUACGUCACCAAUGGCAAAACUCGUACAAGUAUUUUUUCCUUGAUAUAUAUCAUAAUAAACUCUUGUAUAUCUCCAGUAUAAUAACAAUCUGCGUAUAAGAAUGACGGAGUAGACUACGACUUUUUUUGCUUAAUAUGUAGUGUAUAUUUAUACAUAUAUUUAAUACUAAUAUAACAUUUAAUGUUUAUUACAGUGAUUAAUAAUAACAAUAAUUAUUUUAAAAAUAUUUCAAAAAUAAUAACAGCAAUUAAAUUAAACAAAAUGGUUAAAUUUAUAAAAUCAUGUUAUUUAGACGUGGGUUGUUUGAUAACAGUGAUGACUAUUAGAACUAAAUAUUUAAUUAAUUGUGAAAAUGAAUUGUGAUCUUAGUAUUUAUUUAUAUAUUUAUUAUGCAGUGCAGUGCAUUUAACAUUUUUUAAUAAUUUUAUUUUAUUAUUUAUUUAUUUUAUUAUUUUUAAAAAAUUGAAUUUAUGGAUUUAAAAUAUAAUAUGAGGAUUUUUAAAAUUACCCUGAGCAUAAUUUAUAAUUAAUAAUAAUAAUUAUAAAAAAUAAGUGUAAAUUAAUUGGAAUGGCAGCAGCCCAAAAAAAAAAUCAAUCACGUAGACGACUUGCAGCAAUAACAUUUCUAUCAAAUAUAUCAUUGGACGGAAGUCAUCGGGAUACAAAUUUUUCACUUCUACCUCACAAUGGAGCUAUACACCGGCGUGAAAUAAAACUAAAUAAUAUUAUUAAUAAUAGUAGUAAUAAUAAUAAUUCAAAUUACAAUGAUAAUGUUAAUGAGAUAAUAAGAUAUAAUAAUGACACAUCAAUAGGAGCUGUAACGACAGAUACAAAUACUUCUGCAGAUGAUUUUGUUGAAAUAGUGCCAGGGUAUACUGCUGAAAUAAAAAAUAAUGAUUCUGGUGAAUUGCCACAUAAAAUAAUAAAUGAUCAUAAUUCAAUAAGCUCAGAUUCUGAUGGUAUUUUCACUUCUGCUAAAAAUACAAUAUCUGCUUUGCUUGAUCAGGAACGAAUCCAACCAUUAUUAUCAUCAAUACCUGGCUCGUUUCGUGAACGAGCUGGAACAGCAGGAAGCGAAUAUUCAUUACCAGAAAGACGUGUUGGUUCAUUAUAUUACAAAAAACGUAUUGUACAUCAAACAUCAACAUUAUCUGAAGACAUAAAACACCAUUACAAUAGCAGUAGUGAAAGUAUUGGGUCUCAAAGAUCUAAAUCAAUUUCAUCUAAAAAUAAAGGAAAAACACUAAAUAAUGCUCAGACAUGUGUAACAUCAAAUGCUGUUAUUAUACCAGAAGUAACACGAGAAUUACGAAUAAUGCAACGACCAACAAAUGGUCAUAAAUUUGGCGACGAUCGUCUGGUAUUGGUGUCUACUAAAAAAGUACCAUUUCUUGUCUUCUCAGCAUUGCCUUACAACAAAAAUCAACGAACCAGUUGGUCGGAAUUGCGUAGAGAUACUGGUCGUAGACGAAAUACAUCGGGUCCAAGGCCACUUUCGGCUAUUAAUGAUAAUUUAGAUCCAUUUGGUUUAUUGGGAAUAGAACGGGCUAAAGAUGGACAGGAAAUGUCUUAUGGUCAAUUAUUGGUGCCGUCACGACAAUUUCAACGUGAAAGAAAAAUUCAUGCAAAUGAUCCUGAGGCUACUGAACUCAACCAUAUUACCCCAAAGCAACAUCAUAUUGUUUCAAGGUGUCUGUCUUAUGAUACUAAUUCACAUCGCGGUCAGCUCGUGACAUCUGAUUCUCCACCAUUAUCGCUUUCGAACGACAGUAAAAAUUACGAUUGGGAUGAAUAUGGAACCAUGCCGUAUAAUCCGAAUCUACUAGAUGAUCCAGAAUUAAUCGCUGGGAAACAUCGUACACUUCUUACUUUUACUUCUUAUAUGGCAUCGGUUAUUGAUUACGUACGUCCGUCUGACUUAAAAAAAGAACUUAAUGAUAAAUUCAAAGAAAAAUUUCCACAUAUCCAAUUAACGCUCAGUAAAUUACGCAGUUUGAAACGUGAAAUGCGAAAAAUAGCAAAAUUAGAGUAUGGAAUAGAUUUAUUAACAGUUGCAAUGGCAUAUGUAUAUUUUGAAAAGCUUAUACUGCGUAAUGUGGUUACGAAACAAACUCGUAAAUUAUGUGCUGGAGCUUGUUUACUAUUAGCAGCAAAGCUCAAUGACGUAAAGGGUGAAGUACUUAAAUCACUUAUUGAGAGAACUGAAAGUGUCUUUCGUUUAAAUCGUAAGGAUCUUAUUGCAUCGGAAUUUGCGGUGCUAGUCGCACUUGAAUUUGGAUUACAUUUACCAACAUGGGAAAUUUUUCCUCACUAUCAACGUUUAAUAUAUGAAUCUUGACCUCAUUUACAGUUUACUAAUUCACUUAAAUUGAAUAUUUUUUCGUCUGGGAAAUAAUUUACAAAGACAAAUACUUCGUCCAAGGUUUACUCUCUUUCUGGCUUAAAUUAAACAUAGAUUAAUACAAGCGUAAGCAAUAAUGUACCUUAAAUAUACUCAAUUUAUAAUUUUUGACAUGCUUUCAUAGAAUUAAACAACGUUUUAAUAUCAGUCUAAAAAAAAACUUUGUUAUUGUAUUUAAAAAAAAUGAAAUGUUUGAUACGAAAAAGAAAAAAAAUGAUGGAAAAAAUGUUUAAUUACUUUUUAACUUUUUAGAGUUUUAUAUACUCAUAUAAAAUAUCUUUUUUAAUAUUUAAAAAUCAUUAGAAUGGCAUUUACAUAUUUGUCUAAUCGACUACAAAUUAAAAGUGAUAAUUAUUAGAGUCCAAUUACUUUUUAUUAAUUUGAAAAAAAGAAUUGAAUUAAUUGUUAAUAAUUAAAAAAAUAAUUAAUUAUUUAUUAUAUUAGAAUAAUGAUAACUAUUAAAAAUUGGACUCUAAAAUCAUUUUA